UAUAAACGAUUUAGUAAAAACAGAAUUAUCACAAUAUUCUUAAAUCAUUAAAACCGCUGUUUUCGCCCAUUUUUUCAUUGUUAGUUGUUUUUGUUUUUUCUCUACAAACAAUUAUUUACCUUUUUACAAUUUAAUUUUCUUACCAAUUCAUCAUGAAUAAUUCACUCACGUUGAAAAAAAGAAAAGGAGGAGCAGAAAAAGAACGAGAUAAAAAAAAAAAAUUACUUCUCAAGUCUUCUCAAAAUUGCACAAAGAUUAUCUCGUUAUUUCGUACCAAUCAAGCUACAAGCAAUUAUACAGUUGAAUCAAACGAAAAAUGUGCUAAAACUGAUGCUGUUGAUACUGACUUGCCUACUUGUUCAUAUACAGUACUUGAAAAUCAAGCUACAAGCAAUUCUACAGUUGAAUCAAACGAAAAAUGUGCUAAAACUGAUGCUGUUGAUACUGACUUGCCUACUUGUUCAUAUACAGUACUUGAAAAUCAAGCUACAAGCAAUUAUACAGUUGAAUCAAACGAAAAAUGUGCUAAAACUGAUGCUGUUGAUACUGACUUGCCUACUUGUUCAUAUACAGUACUUGAAAAUCAAGCUACAAGCAAUUAUACAGUUGAAUCAAACGAAAAAUGUGCUAUAACUGAUGCUGUCGAUACUGACUUGCCAAUAGUACUUGAAGGUAAAUUAUUGUUUUAGUUAUUUUAAAAUAAGAACUGUAUGUCUGAAUUAAUAUAUACAUUAUAUUAUUUAAAUUAUUUAAAAUAUUUUUAAAUAGAUAAAACUGAAAACUA